UGGACUGGACAGUGGACACCCGGCUACUGCUACUCUGCAGUCUGCACCCUCCAAGAAGGCAAAGAAAGGAAGAACGAAGCUCACCCCGCCCACCCUGCCCAUCAGCCUCAUCACUUACCCGGUGGGCACUGGAGGAUUAGGGUUUGGUUGAAGAGGGAGCAACGAAAUGGGGGGCUUUUGCUCCAAGGAGUCGGCCGUCGACAAGUCACCAAGCGACACUACGCUCGGCCCAGGCAGGGUGGUCGACCACCAUGACCGUCUAGUGGUGAAGGAGGAGAAGAAAGCUGUGGUGGGGGAGGCUGCUGCCAAGAGGAUUCAAGAAGAGCAACAUCAACAGCAGCGGCAGCCAGCGCCGCCACCGCUGCACGUAUCGGUGUCGCGGACUGCAGUGCCUGGAGCUUCCGCAGAUACCACUGCAGCACCAUGGGAUGGGGUACCACCACUGGCACGGUUGCCAUCGCUGAAGUCGGGGAUGGGUGUGGCGAAUAAGGUUUCGGAAGUAAGCUCAAUUCUGGGUAGAGCUAGUACUGCUGGCCUUGGAAAAGCAGUGGAAGUGCUUGAUACACUUGGCAGUAGCAUGACAGAUUUGAAUAUAAGUAGUUUUGGAUCAGGCACUGCAACAAAGGGCAACAAAAUAUCUAUUUUAGCAUUUGAGGUUGCCAAUACCAUAGUCAAAGGUUGCAAUCUAAUGCAUGCCCUUUCAAAAGAUAGCAUAAAGUACUUAAAAGAAACGGUUCUGCACUCUGAAGGUGUUCAGAAUCUUAUAUCCAAAGAUAUGGAUGAAUUACUCAAGAUUGUUGCUGCUGACAAAAGGGAAGAGUUGAAAGUGUUUUCUACAGAAGUUGUUCGCUUUGGAAAUUGUUGCAAGGAUCCUCAGUGGCACAAUUUGAACCGCUACUUUGAUAAGCUGGCAUCAGAACUGACUCCUCAACAUCAAUUGAAAGAAGAGGCAGAAUCAGUAAUGCAGGAGUUCGUGACUUCUGUUCAGUUUACAGCUGAACUAUACCAUGAAAUGCAUGCCCUGGAUAGAUUUCAACAAGAUUAUCAGCGUAAACAGCAUGAAGAAGAUGGUUCAAGUGUUGUGCAAAGAGGUGAUAACAUGCACAUACUAAAGCAGGAAGUGAAAAGCCAACACAAGCAUGUUAAAAGUUUGAGGAAAAAGUCUCUGUGGUCUAAGAAUUUGGAAGAGGUCAUGGGAAAGCUUGUGGACAUUGUGCACUUCUUACAUUUGGAGAUCCAUAAUGCAUUUGGGCUUUCAGACAGUGAAGAAUCACAGGAACCUACCAAGCGACGCAAUAGAUUGGGUUCAGCAGGCCUUGCACUGCAUUACGCCAAUAUCAUCAGUCAGAUCGAUACUCUUGGAUGGAGGAUUAAGGUUUCUCGUGCAAGCUCCGUUCCUUCAAAUACAAGGGAUACAUUAUACCAAAGUUUGCCACCAACCAUAAAGUCAUCUCUCCGUUCUAAGCUACACUCCUUUGGAGUCAAGGAAGAGCUUACUGUUUCUCAAAUCAAGGCUGAAAUGGAGAAGACCCUGCGAUGGCUUGCCCCUAUUGCAAGUAACACCACCAAGGCUCAUCAUGGUUUCGGUUGGGUUGGAGAGUGGGCAAGUACCGGGUUAGAUGUGAACUGCAAGCCAACUGGGCAGCUGGACCUGACCCGAAUUGAGACACUGUACCAUGCUGACAAGGACAAGACUGAAGCAUAUAUCCUCGAGCUUGUUAUUAGGCUUCAUCAUCUUAUCAGUCAAACUAAAACUGCUAAUGGUGAGAGGUCUCCAAUCAAGUCUCCUGUCCAGUCUCCUACACAAAGAGGGGCCUCAAUCACAUUGUCUCCGAACAUAAAAAACAGCAAUUCAUCACCUCUUCUGACGCAAGAUGACCAAGACAUGCUAAGUGAUGUCAAGUACAGGACAUUUAUCCCUGGUAUAAGCAAAAGCCAAGAGUUUGACACUAAGGAAAGACAUAAUAAUCAAAGCAGGUUAAGCAAAAGUAACAGCCAUUCACCAAGCAGUGGCAACCGGAAAGAGGCGCUAUCGAUCUCGAUCAGGAGGCUGCUUCCUGUGAUCGACUUUGAGAUCGACCGGACAAAAGCCCUCGAUGUGAUUGAUAGAGUUGACGAUCUGAGAGUACAAUGAUGAACCUAGAUUAAUCAAUGCCAAAGUCUGAAAAAUGCACCCUCAGUCUAUGAUCCAGAAAAUCAAGAUUGCUUGAGGCCCUGUUCGGUUGUUCCGGAUUAGAGCCCCGGAUUAAUUCCUAGCCGGAUUACUUCUCUAAUUUAUAUAGAUUUUGAUGAGCUGGAAUGAAUCCUGGCUUAUUCCGGUACAACCGAACAGGCCCUGAAGGAUACCAGUAAUCGCUGAGCUAAAUUGGCAUGCUGUCAGAGUGUCAGUAUUGCAGCAAGGUAGUGAGAUAACCGGCAUCAUGGUGCCAGUUUGAUGGCACCAUUAGGGUUAGAGAUGGUGGCCAUGGGCGCAUGUCCUGGCCAACUUUGUAUGAUAUAUGGCAGGGUGAAUAGGAAAGUAAAAUUGUAUUGUAAAAAGGGAUUUCUUCUGUUUGUUAGCGCAUGUACAAGGAAUGCAAGUUUUGAGCGAGGGGGCAUCAAAGAUCUGGCUGUGUUUCCAGCUGUUUUUGUUAGCCCCAUCGAAUCCUUGACAUAAUGAUCCCGCUUAAAUAAGCAACCUCGCUUGUAUA